AUGUUUGACCAUGAAUCCGACAAAGCUCGGGCGUCUGGCUUCGCGCUUGACGCCUAUGGUAAUAUGAAUCAACACACGUAUUUUCACUCAGGAGAUGAUUUCGGCUCCAUCGCUCCGUCGCAGCUCGCUAGGUUGCCGGACGAUAUGCAUCGUAUGGAUUCGCACGCGAUGGACUGGACGCCCACUCCGACUGGUCAUGGCUCUCAUUUUCGCAACCAAAACACGUUCAACGACCAGGAGGAUUUGAUCGAUUUUGACGAAAUCACCACAUCACAGCCGGAAGUGAGUGGUGUAGGACGCCUUGUCGCACAGUUCGAACAUCGUGACUAUGUGCCUCCUCUACCGCCCAGGCCCAUCAUCAACACCGCCCCCAGUCCUGCAGAAACAGACCCUUCGUUGACGAACUCAUCCUUAUCCUCAUACUUUAGCAGUUUUGCCAGUACUGCACAUGCCAACCAAGCGCCGAGCCCUGUCGGCAGCCCCGUGGAGUCACACUAUGGCUCUUUCGGCGACGUUCUCUCAAGGAUCACAAGCCCGCCUGACCUCAACAGCAUGGGCCCUGGCUCGCCACUUAUUGGCUUUGAAACGUUUCCGAAUGUGCGGAUUGCGAGUCCUCAUAUCAGUGUCGUUCGCUCCCACGUUGCUCCUGGCUUUUCACGGUUCCAGGAGGAGAGAGCGCGCACCCCCGUUGGUGGAGAGCCGAAAAGUCUACCGAACAACCAAGGCUUAGAUGCCGAUUCCCAUAUGUUUGGAGACGUCGAGCGGAAUAUUCUGACCUUUCUGAAGCCAGACAUUGAUACGAACAAACGCCAACAAAGUCUGCAACCAACACGGCAAGACCCUCAACAAAUGCUGCAUGCAAAUCCUCAGAUGCCUCAGCAGAUGAGUUUCGUGGCGGCACACCAAGUAAACCAACAGCUGAAUCGGCAAUUAAGCAAUCGACAACAUGUGUCAACGCCCCAACCGGCCCAGUCAAACCAGUCACGGCCACCCAUGCAACCGUCUCAGCCAUUUCAGCCCAACCAACCAACGCAGCAGACUCAAACAACGACGCAGCCGAGCCAGACUAGUCAGCCGAUCGACUCAGCCCAGCAGCUUCACCAUCAGCUUAGCAGGCAAGACAGCCAGUCAACCCAGCCGCAACAGACCUCGUGUUCAGGCGCGUUUGGGAGCGCAGCCAUCCCAGGAACACCUGGUUUUUCGAUUUGGCGCCCCCCCUCGCCCCCUAACAUCAAGCAAGAGCCUUCUCCCGACAGCCCUUCCAUGUUCUCAAGAACUUCAUUCGAAAAGCCGCCCGUGCCACCCAAGCCCAAGCCGAUUCAGGAAGCACACCAGAUCACCUUGGAUUUCAACGCCGCUGCCAAAGAUAAAGGGAAGGCUCCUGUCAAACCACCGAAACCUCCAAAGCCGCUUCGCUCGAAACUGCAGCCACCGCAACAGCCUCCCCGCCCUCAACUUGAUACCGGAAUUCCCAUUACCACUCCUAGCAGCGAGAAGGUAGCGCAAACUCCGGCGACCCCAGCAACCCCGACAACUCCUUCGACAACCGCCGAUGUUACCUCGCCAGGGCCCUCGGCAUUGCGACAGGCAGUAUCCGCGCUUCGAGGUCAUGGUUUGCGUCCGGGCAGAGAAUUAGUCCCCGCAGAAGUUUGGGAGCACCAUAAACCAACCAUCCGCUCACUAUAUCUGGACGAUCGUAAGCCUCUCAAAGAAGUUAUGGGCAUUAUGGCGGAGAAGUACAACUUCCAAGCCACGCCGAAAAUGUACAAGACACGAUUUUCGCAGUGGGGAUUUGCUAAGAAUAAUACCGAAGACGAAGUGAAGAGGCUCUUGGGGAUGAAGUUCCAACGCGAUGCUGAAGGCAAAAUUUCCGAAUUCGUCCGCAACGGCCGGGUAGUGAACCUCGGCACAUAUCUCAAGCGCAAGGGUGUCACAGAGUACGACCUCAUCGAUUUUGAGCAGCCUGUUGAUUUGCCCGCACAUAUUCGCUGUCGAACACCGACGCCGCCGCCGCCUCCCAUCUACUUCCAUACUCCCGAAUUGGUCCGAGCCCAGGAAGUCCUCGUCAGCAAUAUUCGGAAAGCUUUGCUUCAGUGCCGCCAAUUUGAGACCGAAGUCGGCACACAGGUUGGCUGGACGGUGGUCCAAACGUGGGGUGCGUGGUCCUCCGAAAUUCUUCUCGAGGCCAACUUCUUCUUCGAGGCUUUGGAUACCGACACUGGUGGUCAGUGUCUUAUGCGGGCGUUUAAGCAGCUGGAGGAAGACCUGAAAACGCUAUCACCUCUGGGAAUCUUUGAGCUGUUGACCGGCAUGGCGAACCGCGACUUGGGCCUCGUCUCGUCACUCUGCAAGUAUCUUGCUGCGCAUUCGACAACCAACUUGGAUCGCAACCACCCCCUGCGACUCAUCUUCAACUGCUUGUACGAAGUACAGCAAAAUCAUGGGGCUGCUGUCUUGUCCGAGCUUCUCUGGGGCUGCUCUCCGCUUUUUGCCAACGAGCUAGAAGCAAUCUAUGGAAGACGGCAUCCAUAUGUCGUCCGAGCCUGGCUCGACCUUGCCUACUUCAACAACCAUAUCAAUUUUGACCGUCUCCAAAAGAUUGCUGUCGAACUCCGCGCUGUGCAAAAGCAGCUGGAGCAGAAGAAUGGGGAAACGGAACCCGAAGUAUUGAUUGUUCGAUACGCUCUGCUCCAGCUGAUGUAUGCGACGGAGCCCAAAUCGGACAACACCAAGCACGCCACCACCGAGCUCUGGGCGACGCUCAAGAGCAUGAAGGUGCUGUGCAGAAUACGCGACACCAAGUCAAACGCAUACUGCUACCACAGCCCUGUGCGAUUGAGUCCAUGGACGAAGCGCUGCCGCCGGCGCUACGAUGCCGCUAUGGCUAUUUUCGAAGACCAUCUUGGUGUCAAGCUGCACCCGUACUUUGAGGAGGACCUCCAUACUUCGCUGCAUGAGUUGGAGUCGUCCGAUUCUUGGGUCACGGGGCUCGAGCUGUCCGGGGGCGGCAGUCGGCUGGGCUACAUCUGA